UUCAUGAAGGAAAGUGCGCCCAACAAGGGGUGAGCGGAUCUUUUCUCGCGGACAAGGACAACUCUCCAUUCUACUCUUGGAAUUAGACCACGCCAACCCCGGCCGCCAAGCAAACAAUUCCACGGCCGAAAGCGUCGUCCCCCCUCGCCCCUACCGAUGCCUUCCGCGACUCCUGCGGCGCGGCGUAAUAAGGUACCGUCCAAGACGAACGCCCCGGGGGCGAGGGUGUGGCUCUAUCUCGCGCUCCUCACGCUCCAGUACGGCGCUCAGCCGCUUCUCUCCAAGCGUUUCGUCGGGCAGGAUGUUAUUGUGACCACAUUGGUUCUAUCAUGUGAGGUAGCAAAGGUCAUCUGUGCGCUGAUUCUUUUAGCAAAAGAAGGUAGAUUGAAGAGCCUGUACAAUCAGUGGACUUUGGUUGGCUCAUUGACCGCAUCAGGCCUUCCUGCAGCCAUCUAUGCCUUGCAGAAUAGCUUGUUGCAGAUAUCCUACAAGAACCUAGAUUCCCUCACUUUUUCAAUUCUUAACCAGACAAAAUUAUUUUUCACAGCUGUUUUUACAUAUCUUAUUUUGGGGCAUAAGCAAUCAGUCAAACAAGUAGGAGCUCUGGCAAUGUUGAUCAUUGCUGCUGUUCUUUUAAGUGUUGGGGAGAGCUCUGGCAGAGGUUCCAGUGGCACUGGAACAGAUCAAGUUUUAUUUCAUGGAAUUAUUCCUGUAAUGGUUGCUUCUGUGCUCUCUGGUUUUGCUUCUUCAUUGUGUCAGUGGGCUUCUCAGGUUAAGAAACACACUUCAUACUUAAUGACCAUAGAAAUGUCUGUAGUUGGAAGUUUAUGUUUAUUGGCGAGUACCUACAAGUCCCCAGAUGGAGAGGCUAUCAGAAAAUAUGGAUUCUUUCAUGGUUGGACUGCUUGGACUCUGUUACCGACCAUAUCCAAUGCUGUUGGUGGAAUCCUUGUUGGGCUUGUAACAGCUCAUGCUGGUGGUGUUAGAAAGGGUUUUGUCAUAGUCUCUGCGCUACUGGUUACUGCCAUGCUGCAGUUCAUAUUUGAUGGAAAACCACCAUCUCUCUACUGCCUUGCAGCGCUGCCUCUCGUUAUCAGCAGCAUUUUCAUAUACCAGAAAUAUCCUUAUAAGAAGAAGGAAGACUAACCAUCAAGACAUUCUUGUGGGUCUGUAUGCCCUGACAUGGUUUAUUUUCUACUAACCAAUUCUCACAUUGUUUCUAAAACCCUGAUUUGAAGCUCUUGUAUGUAACAGUAUUGUAGUCAAUACAGGAUUCUAAUUUUACAGAUGACGUUUAUGCUUGACAUUGUCCCAAACUAUGAGAGAACUAGAUGAGAAUUAUUCUCCAUUUAGUAAGGAUUUAUUCAAAGGUAUAUUA